GAUUCUGCUUGGAAUCUGUUCCAAAUGACAGAGAGGAGACCUUGCCAAUGGAUCCAUUGGCAAUCCAUUGGAAUCGUCCAAAGCCAUUUGCGAAGUCUUCUUUCCGCCACUUGGAGCAGAUUCCAAGCAGAAUCAUUGAUACCACAACACUAGCCUUCAGUGGAAAUUCCACGAACGGUCAGGAUGCUGGGAGGUCUCCUGAAAGCUCUGUCUGGAACUGUUAGAAACCAUCUGGAACUGUCUGGAACAGUCUGGAAUGUCUGCUUGAGGUUCAGAUUGCGGCAUUAUAGAAAUCAUCAAGUUAAGAACAUCAUUAUAAGACAAUAUUCUUAUGGAGACCGUAGCAAGUCUACACUUGAUAUAUCGUAUUCGAAUUUAAAACAAUUCUGUAAAGAAAGAUCUCUACCCAUAAUAGAUGGCCAUACUUGUAUUAUGUUGGACUGCCCUAUAUGCAACAAUAUAAAGAAAAGUUCAAAACUUUAUAUAAAUAAAACAACAGGUUUUUUUAUGUGCAAUAAAUGUAAGCACAAUGGCUCUUGGGAAAUACUAGAAAAAUUUUUAUUAUUAGAAAAGUCAGAUAGAAAACAUAAGGAAUUUGAUGCGUUGAAAGCAAAUUUACAAGUGGAAAAGAGUUUUAACAAAAAAUGGGAAGAUAAGAAGAAAUACUGUCAAAAUAUUGAGGAUUUAACGAUAGAGGAAUAUAAUGCCUUACUUAACGAUUUUGCAUUUCCGCCAGUCUCGCAAGAAGAUUUGAGUCAGUUGAACUGUAUUUAUGACAAAACAUCAUGUCUGUUGCACUUUCCUUUAACAGGACUAAGUAAUUCUAUCGUUGGAUAUAAGUCCCUUACAAAAUGCUCGGUAGUAAAGCGAACAGUUCCUGUUUCUGGGGUUAGUGGUUGUAUUACAUAUAAACAACAAAGUAGUAAAACUGAUAGUACUGCUGUAGUUGUAGGAACAAUACAAGAUUUAUUGGCUCUGGUGUUGCAAAAAUCAGCAAAUACAAUUAUCUGUCUUCCAUACAAUUUGCAAAGUCUACCUCAACCAUUACUACCAUAUAUGGAAUCUUUCAAAAAAUUAAUUUUGUGGUUUCCAAACGAUGAGACAAGUUGGUACACUGUUAAACAAUUUGCAAAGAAAUUAAGCGAAGGACGAUGUUAUUUUGUGAGACCAACAGAUUCACAACCUCAGCCAAGAUUCGCACAACAAUUGGGUUAUAAUUUGAAAGACAUUAUUCAAAAUGCGCAAUGUAUGUGGCAUAAAAGUAUAACUACAUUUGAACAAUUAAGAGAAGAAGUGUUAAGCGAUAUACAAAAUGUUGAUAAGGUACAAGGUGUGAAAUGGAAAAGAUUCCCAGUCCUAAACAAGAUAUUAAUGGGCCACAGAAGAGGAGAAUUUACAGUUUUAACAGGGCCAACUGGAUGCGGCAAGACAACAUUUAUGAGCGAGUAUUCUCUAGAUUUAGCAAUGCAAGGUGUUAAUACCUUAUGGGGUAGUUUUGAAAUAAGGAAUGCACGAUUAGCAAAAACCAUGUUACAACAGAUGGUAGGAGUACCUUUGGAUGAAAAUCUUGAAAAUUUUAAUACUUACGCGGAUAUGUUUGAAAAAUUACCAAUCUAUUUCAUGACAUUUCAUGGUCAGCAAAGUAUAAAAGUUGUAAUGGAUGCAGUCGAACAUGCAACUUACAUUCAUGACAUAGCUCAUUUAAUAAUUGACAAUAUUCAAUUUAUGAUGGGAACCUUGGAUGACUCUAAACACAUGGACAGAUUUUGGAGACAAGAUGACAUAAUUUCAAGAUUCAGAAAUUUUGCUACUAAGCAUAAUUGUCAUGUGACUGCAAUAAUACAUCCAAGAAAAGAACGUAAUGAAGAAGAAUUAACAACGUCAUCGAUUUUCGGAAGCGCUAAAGCAACUCAAGAAGCAGAUAACGUUCUUAUUAUUCAAGAUAAAAGACUGAACAGCAUCCGAGGCAAAAAAUAUUUACAAGUGGCAAAGAAUAGAUACAGCGGUGAUUUAGGAAUCAUGGCAUUAGAUUUUGUAAAAUCCGGUCUCAGCUAUUCAUCAAAAAUUAAACAACAAGAGGACAGCUCGCAUAAAAAGAAAUCCUUAACAGAGAAGCCAGAGACAUAACAAAAUAUUAAAACACUUUUUAUAUGAUUGAUAUUGAACAAAUCUUAUUUUGUUCAAUGUGUUAUGUGAUAAAAUCUUGUACUAUAAAUAUUAUAGAACAAAAUCUGUAUUUCUGUACAUUAAUGUUUGUAAAUAGAUAUAUUUAUAAUACA